CCAUGUCUGCAGGCACUACCAUUUUUAUCACUGGUACCACGGGUUAUAUUGGAGGAUCUGUUCUUCAGCGUUUGCUUGAUCAUCCUAAUGCCUCUGCCUUCAAGUUCACCACCAUCACUCGCAGUGCCGACAAGGCCAAGCUCCUGAAGGAGAAGUAUCACGUCGAUGCUCACGUGGGAGACUUCACGGAUGUUCAAAAACUUGAGGAACUCUCGGCGGGAGCAAACGUCGUAAUUCAUACGGCGGACGCAGAUGAUCUCAGAGCAGCCAAGGCGAUCCUUGCUGGAUUGAAGAAGAGGUAUGAAGCUACUGGCGAAGCUCCCAUCCUCAUCCAUACGUCGGGGACAGGUGUUCUCAUCGACGACGCCAAAGGUGAAAAGAUUACGGACAAGAUCUACCACGAUUCCAAGCCAGAAGAGAUCGAAUCCCUCCCCGAAACCGCUGUUCACCGCAAAGUCGACCUCCUCUUCGUCAACGCGGACAAAGCAGGCUAUAUCCGUUCGCAUAUCGUCCUUCCAAGCACAAUCUGGGGUCUCGCCACGGGACCACUCGUCGACGAUGGAAUACAAAACCCUCACUCUAUCCAAACCCCGGGCCUCAUCAAAGCCGGACUCGCGAGGGGCCAAGCGGGAAUGGUUGGCGAGGGUAAGAACGUCUGGCCAAACGUGAACAUCGACGAUGUGGCGGACCUCUACAUCCUCAUAUUCGACUCUGCCAUCAAGGACACGAAAACCCCUCAUGGCCGGGAAGGCUUUUACUUCGGCGAGACGGGGGAGCACAAGCUCUACGACGUCUGCAAGGCCAUCGCAGUCGCUCUGUACGAGGCUGGUAAAUCCAAGACCGCGGAGCCGGUCACCUUCACAGAUGAAGAGUGCCAGAAAUACUUUGGCGGAACCUGGCUCGGCACAAACGCGCGCGCCGUGUCAGAGCAAGGAAAGAAGUUGGGAUGGAAGCCAGUGCACGAUAACGAAAGCUUUUUCAAGUCUAUCAAGCCUGAGGUCGAUGCUCUCAUCGCGUCAGUGGAGAAGCACUGAGUGGUGGCGUGCGCGCCGGUUGACUUCGGGAGGUGGAGUGGUACUAAGUAGUAAGUAUAUCGGAGACAGUGUAGCUGGAGAGAAGGGAUAUAUGUGUGUAUGUAACAUCAUCAGU